GGAUGAGUUAAAAUUUAAAUUAUUUUGACAAUUUUACUUAAAAUAAAAAUAAUAAUUAUAUUUUGGAAAAUGAAGUUAACGAAAACUCAAUUCAAAUUCCAUUAUCGUAUUCAAGAAGCUUUUUCAUCCUUAAACCCUCCCAUGGCAGUUUCUCUCUCGUCCGUAAAUUAACAGAAGUACUUCCUAGUUCCUAUCCAAAAUGAGCGACGGCGUCCAAUUCAAAGUACUUGUCAGUCUCUUCAAUUGGAUAUUUAAAUCAAAAUCACACUCCGCAAAACGCGCUAAAUUUCGCAAAUAUCUUGAUCUUUACUGCAAAUCAGAUGAUUAUUUCUCAUCAAUUCGUCUCAUUUUACCUUCUUUGGAUCGCGAACGAGGUUCAUACGGGCUUAAAGAAUCAGUUCUUGCCACUUCUCUCCUUGACGCACUUGGAAUUUCUCGCGAUUCCGAAGAUGCAAAAAAACUCAUCAAUUGGCGAAAAGGUGGUACAAAAAUUGCUGGUGAUAUUGCCGGAAACUUCGCUCUUGUCGCCGCUGAUAUUCUGCAACGCCGACAAAGUUCUGCCUUCGGUGACUUAACUAUUCGUGAACUCAAUGAACUUCUUGAUCGUCUGGCGAAUGCCGAGAAUCGGACCUCAAAGACAGAGAUUUUAGGUGAUAUAAUACGAAGGACGAAUUCUGAGGAGAUGAAGUGGAUAAUCAAGAUAAUUUUGAAGGAUUUGAAACUAGGUAUUAGUGAAAAGAGCAUUUUUCACGAGUUUCAUCCUGAUGCGGAAGAUUUGUUCAAUGUAACGUGUGAUUUACGUUUUGUUUGCGAGAAAUUGAAUGAUAAGAAUAUUCGGCAUAAGAGACAAGAUAUUGAGGUUGCGAAAGCAGUGAGAGCUCAGCUUGCUGAGAGAGCUUCGAAUUGUGCAUUUGCUUGGAAGAAACUUCAUGGAAAGGAAGUCGUUGCUGAGUGUAAAUUCGACGGUGAUCGAAUUCAAAUUCAUAAGAAUGGUAAUAAGGUACAUUAUUUUUCGCGAAAUUUUAUUGAUCAUACUGAAUAUGAGCAUGGUAUGUCUAAUGUUAUAUUAGAAAAUGUGGUAGUUGAUAGGUGUAUACUUGAUGGUGAGAUGUUAGUUUGGGAUAAUGCUAGUAAUCGGUUUGCUAGUUGGGGAAAAAAUCAAGAGAUUGCGAAGGCGGCUAGAGAAGGUUUAGAUGGGGAACACCAAUUGUGUUAUGUUGCUUUUGAUGUGUUAUAUGUUGGGGAUACUAGUGUGAUUCAUCAGACAUUGAAGGAAAGACAUGAACAUCUUAAGAAGGUUGUGAGACCCGUAAAGGGGCGUUUGCAGGCUUUGUUGCCCAAUGGUAGUGGUAAGGAUAAUCUUAAUACUCACCAAAGUGCUGAUGAGCCAUGUUGGUCUAUUGUAGCUCAUAAUUUGGAUGAGGCUGAUAGGUUUUAUAAGGCAAUUGUUGAGAAUCGGGAUGAGGGUAUUGUUUUGAAGGAUCUAGGUUCGAAAUGGGAGCCAGGGGACAGGAGUUGGAAAUGGAUUAAGGUGAAGCCUGAUUAUGAUUAUUUUAAUGCAGGGUCUGAUUUGGAUGUUUUGAUCAUAGGAGGGUAUUAUGGUUCUGGACGUAAAGGAGGAGAGGUGGCUCAGUUUUUGGUGGGCUUGGCGGAGAAGGCUGCUCCGGGUGCCUAUCCUAGGAGAUUUGUUUCUUUUUGUAGAGUAGGUACGGGGCUUUCUGAUGAUGAGCUUGAUGAAUUAGUGACUAAAUUGAAGCCGUAUUUGAGGAAAUAUGAGUACCCAAAGAUGUCACCCCCGAGUUUUUAUCAAGUUACUAAUCACUUCAAGGAAAGGCCAGAUGUUUGGGUUGAGAGUCCUGAAAAGUCUGUGAUAGUGUCAAUUACUAGUGAUAUUCGUACGAUAAGUUCUGAGGUUUUCGCUGCACCUUACAGCUUGAGAUUUCCGCGGAUUGACCGGCUAAGGUAUGACAAGCCAUGGCAUGAGUGCCUUGAUGUUCAGUCUUUCAUAAAGCUGGUGCAGUUGAGUAAUGGGACAACACAAAGAGGAGGAGGUGCAAAUAAUGAUGGGUUGUCAGCUGAUAAACCCAAACGUCGCAGAGCUGCAAAAAAUGGUGCGAAGAAGAAACUCAAUCUUACUGUUCCUUCUCAUUUCACUCAGACUGACGUUUCUAGUGUGAAAGGAGAGUCAAGAAUAUUUGCGAACAUGGUAUUUCACUUUGUCAAUUUAUCUUCUAGUCAUUCCUUGGACUCCAUGCACAAAUUAGUCGUUGAGAAUGGUGGUACUUUCUCAAUGAAUUUGAAUGAUACAGUUACUCAUUCUAUUGGAGGAGAGAGUCGAGGAAUCAAGUUUGAGGCAGCAAAGAGGCGUGGGUGCGAUGUUAUCCAUCACUCUUGGGUUUUGAAUUGCUGCUCUCAGAAGCAGCUUCUCCCUUUGAGGCCCCAAGAUUUUGUGUUUCUGUCAGACUCGACAAAGAAGAAGCUACAAGAGGAGGUUGAUGAAUUAUCUGACUCUUAUUUUUGGGAUGUUAAUGUUACCGAAUUGAAGCAGAUUUUUUGUAAUGUGAGUAGAUCGGAAAAUACAAAAGCUGUUGACUACUACAAGAAAAAGUAUUGCCCACGUGAAGAAUGGGUUCGUUUUCAUGGUUGUUGUGUAUAUUUUCACCUAUUUGCAAUGUCUCACUUUCCUGAAUGGGAUAUCUUUUUAAAAGUAUCCAUGAGGAGAAUGAAAGUAGAAGUUUCUUUAGGUGGUGGAAAAGUUAGUGACAACCCUUCUCAAGCAACCCAUGUUGUAGUCAUGUCAGUGCCAGGACCUGAGCGUCCGGAGCAUGAGCUGAAGUUUGAAACCUUGUUGCAGAGCUUCCCUGAGGACCAGAAGCAUCUCUUGCGUAAAAAAAGACUCCAUGUGGUUAGAUCACAUUGGUUAGUUGAUUGCUGCAAGGAGAAGCGAAAACUGUCCGAAGAAUUGUACAACUUGAGGCCAACGGCCUUAGAAGAAGAAUCUGCCUCUGAAGAAGAGAAAGGUGAAAACGAUGAUGAGUAUGAGAAGCACCCAUCUCCUGCUUAUGAAGUAAAGCCGAAGAAAAUUGAUUCGAAGACCAUUGCCAGUCGUAUUAGGGAACCCAAAAGAAAACGAGGACGGCAGACUGAAACUAGCACUAGAAAAAGAAAAAUCAUAGUCAGCAAACCUCCAAGACAAAAAAGAGCAAGAGUUGGAAGUAGGCCGGCUAAAUUACAGGAUUUCACCGUAGAUGACGAGCCUAGUGAGCAAGAAACUGAUGUAGCAGAAGCGAGCCCUGAACUUGAAAUGCAUGACCAUGAUUUCCAGGACGUUGCUUUUGAUGACAAGUCUAGUGAGCAGGGGACUAAUACGGUGGUAAAAACUGAUUCUGAACCUGAAGAUAGUGGAUCAGCUCGAAGAAACCAUGUGUUGGAGAAGAUAAAAGAGAACAGGAUAGAAGAACACAACCCCGACUUUGACACAACAGGGAGUCGCUGCUUAGAAAAUUUUAGCACCGUUGGUUGCAUUACACCGGAAAAAGACGAAGACAACUCUACCUUAAGGAACUCGGAGGUUAUGGAUAGUCCAGCUGAAGCAAUGUCGCUAGAUAAGAACCCAAAUCGUCAAGAUUUAUCGGAAGCUUCAAAUGCCGUUUUCAAUUACAAGAACUUACCAUCAAGUCAAUCACUAGAGGAAUCUUCUGUCAAGCCCCUAAAGGGAGAACCAGUGAAGAAAAAGAAAGUGAGCUAUAAGGAACUUGUAAUGCAGCUUCUAAAAGACUGAUGUUCUUGUUUACUUGCUAUUAUAAUCAAUCUUUGAAGUUGUUAUUAGUGUUGAAAGAUAAGGUUAAAUAAAAGUAUAAUUAGUUGUUAGCGACUAA